CCGCUUCUGGCCACCACUGCUGCUGAUACUGUUAUGAGUAAUAUAGUAACGGGUCGUGCACGUGUGGUCUACGUGGGCGAUGAAUUCAUUCAUUUGUCAAAAGGUGGAUUGGAUGGCAAAAUUGUCGCAUUCAGAGAUUCUUGGCUUGCAAAUAAUUACGAUCUGCAGGAUUGGGUCACCUUCAAAGCUAAACCAUAUGAAGCUGAACCACCGCAUUGUAAUUUUGGUGUACGAUUUAAAGCGUUGGCAAAAAGUGUUAAAUUUGAAUCAAAAGCUGUGAUGUCAGAAGGUAUUGGGACAUUUUUCAAGGUGGAUGAAUACCAAGGCCAGUAUGGCUUCAUUUCGGUAUGUUUUGAUGUUUUAUCGCAUAUGCUCAUCGCACUUUUUCCACUUCUUUAUUUUCUGGGUCGUUAA